AUGGCCGACGUUCGUUCCCUCCUCCGUCAGCAACGCGCUGCUCGACGAAUCGAACAUCCCCACGCGGCAUACUCAGAUGCGGGCAAGCUCCUCUGCACACUCUGCCACGAAGCUAUCAAGUCCGAAUCUCUUUGGGAAGGCCACCUGAGAGGUUCAGGCCACGCAGGAAAGAUCAAAACCCUCCAGCAAGCUGCAUCGACCACCACAAAUGGCUCGGCAACCGCGGACGCCGCCCCAUCCAACAAGCGAAAACACGACUCGGACGAGGAUAUGGCAGAAGACGAAGGCAUGGCUGAAGCUGUGCGGAAGAAGAAGAGCAGGACGAAUAUGAGCACUCCGGCUCGCUUGUCCGCUGGCGAGGCGGAUCGCGACCUGAAGGACGUGACACUGACGCCUCCGUCGCUGACUCGCCGGACAUCGACAACGCCCGUUCAAGGCGUCGAGAUCCAAAUUCCCUCCCGACCUGCGACGCCCGCGCAUAAGGACGGCAACUCUUCCAACUCCACCCCCCUCAACCAGCCUGUUGGCCCAUCACCACUGAUCCCUCGAGAGGCAUCGCCCACACUGGCGAGAACGAAGGCGCCGCCCCAGCAAAACGGUACGGCCGCACCGGCUGAGGCUGCAGGCCAGGUGGAUGAAGAUGAGUGGGCAGCCUUUGAGGCGGAUAUUGCAGCUGCAACAGCGCCAGUGUCAGAAGACGCGGUGAUAUCCGCCCCGGCAAUGACUGCAGAGGAACACGCAGAGGCUGCAAAGACAGAAGAGGAGGAGCGAGAGAAACGCCGGCUUGCUGCGGAGAAGGACCUUGAGGACGAGAAGGAGGAGGCUACGCGAGCCUUGGAAGAGGAAUUCGAGGAUAUGGAAGAGCUCGAGGCGAGAGUCAGGCGGUUGAAGGAGAAACGCGAGGCCCUGAGACACCAAGGAGAUGCCGGUUCCGGUGCCGCCUCCAGCACUGUUGUUGCUGCCAAACCUACUGAGGCAGAUGGAAAGGAGAAUGUAAAAGCGAAUGCCGAGGAGGAGGAAGAGGAUGAUGACGAUGAUGAAGAAGAGGAUGACUUCAUGGGCUUCCGGUAUCGCUCAUGA